GAGUUUUUCAUUAUGUCUGAUGGAGACUAUGAUUAUCUCAUCAAGUUUUUAGCCUUGGGUGACUCUGGAGUUGGGAAGACCAGCUUACUUUACCAGUACACAGAUGGCAAAUUUAACUCCAAAUUUAUCACAACAGUGGGCAUUGAUUUCAGGGAAAAGAGAGUGGUAUACAGGGCCAACGGGCCAGACGGAGCAGUUGGCAGAGGCCAGAGAAUCCACCUGCAGUUAUGGGACACAGCAGGGCAAGAGAGGUUUCGUAGUCUGAUGACUGCAUUCUUCAGAGAUGCGAUGGGUUUUCUUCUCCUUUUUGAUCUGACCAAUGAACAAAGUUUUCUCAAUGUCCGAAACUGGUUAAGCCAACUCCAAAUGCAUGCAUAUUGUGAAAGCCCAGAUGUAGUGCUCUGUGGUAAUAAAAGUGACCUGGAAGACCAGAGAGUAGUAAAAGAAGAGGAAGCCAGGGAACUUGCUGCAAAAUAUGGAAUCCCAUACUUUGAAACCAGUGCGGCCAAUGGCACCAACAUAAGUAAGGCAAUUGAAAUGCUCCUGGACCUGAUAAUGAAACGAAUGGAACGGUGUGUGGACAAGUCCUGGAUCCCUGAAGGAGUAGUUCGAUCCAAUGGCCACAACUCUGCCGAGCAUUUAAAUGAAAACAAAGAAAAGGGUGGCUGUGGCUGCUAAAAAGUAAAGUGAACUGAGUCAAGUAACCUGUAUAUUCUUAUGUAAUUUAAAAAAUAGUUUCUAUGUGGUACAGUUGCAGCUGAAUGGAUCUCUGUGAGGAAUUAUGAAACCGGAAAGUAGUAUUUCCUAACUGAUUUAACUGACUGCUGCUGGGUAAUUAAAAAAAAUUUAUUCAGCCUGGGAUUUAAUUGAAAAGUGUAUUUAUAAGGCUUAUUCCAUGAUAGUCAUUCAUACAGGGAUCCAGCAUUUUGCAGCAGUAACAGUCAAUAAAACUGCAUGUGUUACCAGAAGAUCCACUAAUACGAUCAUGGAACUUAUCGCUAGAAGGAAUUCUCAGAGGUUUUCCAGUCCUGAAUUUUUUUCACAGCUACUUACAGACACUUGGGGUAGGGACACUGAGUAUGUCCUGUAUGGUGGUAUUAUGAGCAACUAAAAAAAUUAUUUAGGGAAUUCCUGAGACUGUAUUUAUAAAACCAAAAACCAAAACCAAGUAUUCUACUUGUAUGUAAGCUACAGUUGUGAAGCUGAUUUUAAAAAAUCUCCAACUGUACCAUAUAUGAAAUUAUGAAAUAUCAUCUAUGCCACUUGAAUGUUAAAUUAGAGGGCACACACACAUACAUAUACACGUCCAGUUUGUUUCAAGUGUAAGGGGGAGAGUGACCUGGAGAUACUUGCAGAAAUGCAGGGCAAAACUUGCUGCACCUUUGGCCUCUCCAGUAUUGUUCAGUAAUUUGUGUAAUCUUAGCUCUACUGUGAUGGGAGCUGGAAGUAAUUUGCUCAUCCUCACCUUAAACAAACAGCAAGUGGGUCUGAGCUAGUUCUGCUGAGGAGGAAGCAAAGGAGAGAUUUUUUUGGACUUUUACCCCAAUUCCCCCCUGCAGUGAAACCCAGGUUGCUGUUCACCUUACAUACGACUCCUCUAUGUCUCAGUAGGAAUAUGUGCCAGGCUAUGUGACUGGGUUAAAUGGACCAAGAUCCCAAAGCCAAACUUAUUUUAAUAUUUUGGGUAUUCGCCUCAAUGUUAUAUGAGCGGCAAAAUUGGUGCUUCUGGCUCUUCAUUGUGUCUCCACCAUAGAGAACAGUCAGCAUAGUUGUAUUUUAUAGGCCUAAUUCACUUUGGUUGACACAGUUAUAUUUAGCCAGCAUUUUUUUUUGUUUUAUGAUAGCUGGUGCUUGGCACUGAAAUUAUUUGUAAACAAGAAAACAUUUUGAAAAAUUUCUUUCAAAUUUAGGUUAAAUUCCUAACAUUGGUCUGGUUGCCAACUGGUUAUGCUUUAAAUGAGUUAAUUGCCUGUAAACCAAGUAAUCUUCCACUUAAAUCCUGGGCAAUAUGUAGCUGAUGUUUUCAAAUUUCUUUCUUAUUUCUUUACUAGAAGAAUCAAAAGAAUUAAUGUUGAUUUUGCUAUUUUAGUGGAAGGCAUUUUUUUUUUGCUGCUUUUAGAUUCUCAUUUAAUUUUCAAUUCAGUAUAAAAAAUUAUAAUCAAGUUUUGCAGCCUUUUUUUGUCAAUGUCACCAUGCACUGUGCAUCUGGACAUGUAAUUCCAAUACCUUGCCAAAGUGUUUUUAUACCAAAUUUAAAGUGGUUUGCAGGUUCUUUUUAGGCAUUUUCUUAGCUAUUUGUUUACAGAAAUCAAAAUUAUUUCUUUCAGGGGAAUAAUAUUUAUUAAAAAUUUCAAUAAAGAAAUGUAAACUCCUUAGAAAAUCUAGUGGCCAACUAGUCUGUGAUAAUAUUUAAUAUACUUUUAAAUUAAAAAUAAAAUGUAUUACAUAGACCAUGCAAUGUUUGGUUAAAAUUGAGAAAAUCAAAUUAUGAAAAAAAUAAUUACUUUUACAGAAUACCUUUCUGGUGAAUUUUAUAUGCAGUAAAGUGUAGGGCUUGCCUCCUGUCUCUUGCUUUCUAAAGUAUGAUGUACUUUUCUUCCCUGCUAUAAAUAACAUAUAGAUACUAAAUUUUUAUUCUGAUUUGUACCUGAAAUGUCUGAGAGAAUUUCUUUUAGAAGUGGAGAGAGGUGAAGGCUUGUGCAUAUACUGUAUUUUGUAUUGUUAUAAUGUGCAAUUCCAAGGAAUGGGUUCUGAAAUCAGUGGAUCAGGUUCAGUUUACUCAGCAGUGCCUUCUGAAGGUGCUAUGGUAGAGUAAAUGAUGUUAGUAUAAACCAGAAUGCAUAUUGUAAGAUAAUUUGUAUGUUUUAAAAUAGAUAUAUACAUAUGCUAUACUUUCAUGUUGUGUAUGUAACUUGCUGGCACAUGUCUGGGAUUGGUUCAUCUCUCAAGGCAGGUUACAUGUGGUCAUACAUUAAUAUUUAAUUUUAAAGAACUACAUGCACAAUUAGCUGCCCACUCCAUUAGCCUUAAAGGAAAGUUAAGGCUUAAAUCUCAUGCAGUUUUUAAAAAAAGUGUUAUGUGCCCAAACAAGAGCCAAGUUUAGCUACUGAAAUAAAUGAUGUCCAUUUUCUUGGGGAGUCAUUUGUUUAGGUUUGAUAUUAAAGUGCCAUAUUUUUGUCCUACAACAUAUUUUUCUAUUUAUAGUCUUAUAAAAAACGUAAAAUGUAUCUUUAAUGAAACAGCUUUAACCUUGUGUCACUUGUACAUAU